AUGACGGACAAGCUCCCCCCUAACCUGCUGGCGCUCUUUGCCGCGCGCCCUCCUCUGCGAUGGGUAGAACCCUCUGACUAUGCGCCCGAGAAGCGCAGGACAGCCCCCAUCGGAGGCGUCGCUGCUUUCCUGCCCGAGCUGCAGAAGUACAAGGAGACGGACGUCUACGAGCCCACCGAGAGCUGGUUGGAGAUGCGCGAUCGCAAGAAGCGAGAGAAGGCUGAGGCUGCCGAGAGGCUGAAGAUCGAGGGCCCGAAGAAAUUCAAACCAAACGAGGAUCCAAACAUUCGUGGCGAUGCCUUCAAGACUCUCAUUGUUGCCCGUCUCAGCUACGACGCUGACGAGCGUGACUUGGAACGGGAGUUUGGGCGCUUUGGCCCAAUUGAGCGUGUUCGUGUCAUGACGCAUCGAAAGAAGAAGCCGCACAGGGGUUACGCAUUCGUUGUCUUCGAGCGCGAGAAAGACAUGAGAGCUGCCUUGGAUGCUUGCGAUGGUAUCCGCAUCAAAGACAGACGCAUCAAGGUUGAUGUUGAGCGCGGCAGAACUGCCAAGAACUGGCUGCCUCGCAGACUGGGUGGUGGCCUCGGCGGCCGCGGCUACACCAGAGCUAUGCCCAUUCGUCCCGGUGGCCCUGGAGGCUUUGGAGGCGGCGGCUUCCGUGGCGGCUUCAAGGGAGGGUUCGAAGGCGGUCGAGGAGGACGAGGCGGCUUCCGCGGCGGC